UACUGGGCGCACUGCUGGGCACAGGUGGGCGGAACUUGCGGGUGGCACUGCUGGGCACCGAUCAUCAGGGCACCGAUCAUCAGGGCACUGAUCAUCAGUGCCCUGAUGAUCGGUGCCGAUCCCUGCUCUGACAACUGCCGGUUGUCGGCAGUACUUUCCUCACGAUCUGACAGCACAAUUGCGCGGUCAUGCAACGCUGCACCCAGCGUGAGGAAAGUACUGCCGAUAACCAGCAAUUAUCAGAGAACACAUCAGCACUGAUGAUCACUGCCCAACAGUGCCACCAGCCAGUGCCACCCACCUGUGCCC